GGGAGACCCAGGAAAGGCCUAGGGAUUGCGGGUACGUGUUCUCACUUUUGCCGUCUGGCUGUAGACGUCUCGGGAAAACUGAGCGGGGAAGAAGGGCAAGCCAUUCUCAGCGGUAGGGGAGCCAGGCCCGCCCGGCCGAGCCUGCUUACUGCCGUCCUACUGCUCACCUCUUCCAGCUGACGGGCGCCUCAGCUAUUGAUCGAUACUUGACCGAAAGGGAUCCAUCCCACUGAUAAAACCAGAUGCCUUCUCCCACUUCAGCAGACGAAGAGGAUGGCCUGGAGACCUGUGUUUUAAAGACUUUUGAUCUGGAUUUAAAAGAAUCAAAUAUUGUUACUCCAAGCAAUAGUCUCAAAGCAGAGUUAGAUGGCAGUACAAAGAAGAAAUACUCGUUUGCAAAGAAAAAGGCCUUUGCCCUUUUUGUCAAAACCAAACAAGUUCCAGCGCCUUCUUAUGAAGUUAAGGAAAGACGGUGGCGAUGUUGUCAGCAGCUGUUUGCAGAGCAGACCAGCAUCCACAGACAUGUGGCCACACAGCACGCUGAAGACGUGUACCAGCGGACUGCUUCCAUUCUAAAGCAGCUCACUGCAGCACUGAGGACCUCACAGAGUCUUACGCCCACAGACCAGAGGAGCUCCCCAAAAGACUGUCUCCCUCCUAGUCAGGAUGUGUCUGCUUGGCUCCCUGAUGUGAGCCACGUUAGCCCGCAAGAGCUGAGGAGUGGCCAGGGCGAUGAGGAAGGAGAGGUGCUCCUGUAUUACUGCUACUGUGACUUGGAGGACCCCGACUGGGUCUGUGCCUGGCAGGCAGCUCUGUGCCGUCACCUGCACCUUACAGGCAAGAUUCGGAUCGCGACGGAAGGAAUCAAUGGAACGGUUGGAGGAAGCAAAGUGGCCACCCGCCUCUACAUGGAAGCCAUGCUUUCUUGCCCACUAUUUAAGGAUUACCUGAGCGAGGAUGAUUUUAAGAGCAGCAAAGGAGGGUCUCACUGCUUCCCGGAAUUGCGAGUCGGUGUGUUUGAAGAGAUCGUGCCUAUGGGGAUCAGCCCCAGUGAGGUCUCCUACAAGAACCCCGGAAUCCAUUUAUCCCCUGGAGAAUUUCAUAAAGAAAUAGAAAAGCUCUUGUCACAAGCAAAUCAGGAGCAAGGUGAUACUCUCCUACUGGACUGCAGGAACUUCUAUGAAAGCAAAAUAGGACGAUUCCAGGGCUGCUUAGCACCAGACAUCAGGAAGUUCAGUUACUUCCCUAGCUACGUUGACAAAAACCUUGACAUUUUCAGGCAGAAGAGGGUGCUGAUGUACUGCACUGGGGGCAUUCGCUGCGAACGGGGUUCUGCAUACCUCAGAGCCAAGGGAGUGUGUAAGGAAGUGUUUCAGCUCAAGGGUGGCAUCCACAAGUAUCUAGAAGAGUUUCCUGAUGGAUUUUUCAAAGGGAAGCUGUUUGUUUUUGAUGAGCGGUUUGCCCUGGCCUACAACAGUGCUGUGGUCUCAGAAUGUUCAUACUGUGGAGCCCCGUGGGACCAAUAUAAACUCUGUUCUACUCCUCAAUGCCGCCAGCUUGUGUUGACCUGUUCUGCCUGUCAAGGACAAGGAUUCACAGCCUGUUGUGUCAUGUGUCAAGACAAAGGGGGCAAGCAGGCUUCAGACCCCACCCAGGACAGUUUUAAAGAAGAGUGUGAGUGCACAGCCCGGAGGCCACGCAUUCCGCAGGAGCAGCGUGCGUGACCCCCUGAGCCUGCGGCUGCUGAGGCUGAGCUGCUCGUUCAGCAGUCACUGGCUUCACGACGUAGUUACAUAGCCAUGUGCAGAUGGUGAAGGUUGUAGAAACAAAUGGAGAGUGUCCAUGCUGGUCACUACCACCCUAGCAGAUAGAUGGCCACAGCAAAGGAUGAGGGAGUCCAGCGUAGGCUACCUAAUUUACCUGCUUUGAUUGAGAAGAUGCUAGAGCCUGGGAAAAGGUAAACCAUGUGGGAUCCCAGUGUUGAUGAGAGAUUGUCAUGAGCUUGGUGGCUCCUCUGCCAUGCAGCAGGGAGGCCCUGGCGCCACUCUAGUCCCCUGUACUGUCCAUAGCCUUACAGUUUGGUGUCAGCAAACCUUCACCCUGGCAGCAAAAGUAUAAAAGUUGGGCCCUGGAUAUGGACUCUUAAACCAGACCAGCUUCUAUGUCCCCCUGCCUCAUUCUCUUCCCUAACUGCCCGAAGGCUCUGUGGCUUUGACCACCGUGUGCCUUGGAGCAUCUACUGAAUCUGCCAACCCAUCCCUUUAUAUGUGAUCAUGGCACUACUGAGUAGUUGGCCAGAGACCACGUGGCCUUCAGAAUCUAAAGCAAUUACACUUUGUUCCUUCACGGAGGUCUUUGGAAAGAGGUGGCCCAUGCUUCUAUUGAUUAGGUUUCUUUAAAGAUGGUCCUCUAACAGCUCUGCAUUCCCCAGCAGCCCCUCUCUCUGCUUGUAAGCAUCCUCAGGGAUCCAGAUGAGCAGCAGGCUUAGGUCGCAUGUGGCACACAGGACAUUCAUUAGUGAGCUCAUACAGCACGGUAGCGACCUAGCCUCCUGGCCUUUGGGCACAUGUUCCUGUCCCACAAUUCUUAAGAAGCACACGGGCCACACAUACACCAAAUGGCUUUAAUAUUAUUUUGCAGUUUCCAGUGAUGCAGAAUGCAGCUGCAGUUGUGUUUCAAGGAGAAGCUGAGUGGAGCUGGCUGUCCCUGCAGCUUGGUGCCACUCCUGGGCCUGUGUGCAGCCUCAGUGGCCACUCACAGUGCUGAGGCCCCGAUGCCACUCUAGUUACCCUGUGCUGUCCAUGGCCUUACAGUCCGGUGUGCAGGUCUCAGGUCAGAAGCCCCUGGCUGUGCUCUGCAGCUUUUGAGCCAUCACUGUCAUAUCGGCUGAAUCCCUAAGGAAAACACUCCCCAAAGCAACAAAAGUACUAGUUUAACUGGCACUGUGGUCUAUUAAAAGGCACAAGAACAGUGUAUUUUAACAUUUUUACUGGCUCCCAUGGUGUUAAAGGGAUCCAGUAGGAAUGCCAAGAUUAGGUUUCAGAGUAAUUCCUUGUGUUGUAUGUCCAGGAUCUCCUAAUUCCUUACCAUUGGGAUGUUGUACUCUGCUGUCCUUCAGAGGCUUCCUGUGUGAUUUGAUUUGUCUCCUAAGUGACCAGGCAGGCACUUGGUGUCUGUAAGCAGGGCCAUGCUAAAUACCACAGGCAUGGUGGACUGGAAAUUCACCCAAUGGUGUUGAUCUCACAUAAGCCGUUGGCUCACUGCGGUAUUGGAAGAUGUUUUUAUGUGGUUGUAAGUUUUCAUCCAUCAUGAAGUUGGCAUUCAAUAAAGAAGAAAUGAUUUCUGACUACA